AGGCUCGUCGCGGUCGGCGAUCUGCACGGCGAUCUCGCGAAGACGAAGGAGGCGCUCGUCGCGGGCGGCCUCAUGGAUCCCUCCACGGAGCGAUGGUCGGGAGGCACGACGACCGCGGUGCAGGUGGGCGACCAGCUCGACCGCGGCGGCGACGAGGUCGCGAUCCUCCUCCUCCUCGAGCGGCUGAGGAAGGAAGCGCGCGACGCGGGCGGGGAGCUGGUCGUGAUGAACGGAAACCACGAGACGUUGAACGUCGCCGGGCGAUUCCGAUACGCCACCGCGGACGGGCUGGAGGACUUCCGUCGGUGGCGAGGACGGCAGUGCAUGGGCGCGGCGAUGAAGCACGCGUGCGGGCGGCGGACCGGCGCCGCCGCCGCCGCCGCCGCCGCCGCCGGCGACGACGCGGCCGCGCCGGGGCGGACGUCCGCGCGUCUGUACUCGGACAGCGGCCCCGGCGCGCAGCUCCCGCGGCUCGCGGCUCUCGCGCCCGGGGGACCGAUGGCGCGGCGAUUUCUUGCGCACCAACCCCUCGUCGUCGCCGUGGGGUCCACGGUGUUCGCGCACGGCGGCGUGUUGCCCCACCACGUCGACUACGGCUUGGAGCGCAUAAACAAAGAGACGUCGGACUGGGUCCGCGGGAACAAAGGGAGCGGACCGCCGCCGGUGCACGUCUCCGGCAGAGAGUCCGUGGUGUGGGCGCGCGAUUACAGCAUGCCGGAGAAGACGCAGUGCGACUGCGACGUCCUCGAGGCGUCUCUGUCGAAAAUGCCCGGGAUGAAACGCGUCGUCGUCGGGCACACGAUUCAGGCGCCGCACGGGGUGAACGCCGCGUGCGACGGCAAGGUGCUCAGGGUGGACGUCGGGAUGAGCAAAGGGUGCGGGGACGGGAAGCCGGAGGUGCUCGAGAUUUUGGACGAC